CGCCGAGGCCACACCCAUCGGCGAGCGGAUCCGGGGCCAGCGAGUCGUCGGUCGCCGCUCUCCAGCCUCCGCCCGCACCAAGCAGCGGGACCCGAGCCGCACGGGGAGGGGCCGCUCCGGGCCGCAGCGCGAGGCCAGCGAGGGGCUGCGGGGACCCGGCACCGGGCGGGGCCGGCGGCGGCGACCAUGAUCGCUUUGUUCAACAAGCUCCUGGACUGGUUCAAGGCCCUGUUCUGGAAGGAGGAGAUGGAGCUCACGCUAGUCGGGCUGCAGUACUCCGGCAAGACCACCUUCGUUAACGUGAUCGCGUCCGGUCAGUUCAAUGAGGACAUGAUUCCCACCGUGGGCUUCAACAUGCGCAAAAUCACCAAAGGGAACGUCACCAUCAAGCUCUGGGACAUCGGGGGACAGCCCCGGUUCCGCAGCAUGUGGGAACGCUACUGCCGAGGAGUGAGCGCCAUCGUGUACAUGGUGGAUGCUGCUGACCAGGAGAAGAUUGAGGCUUCCAAGAAUGAGCUGCACAACCUCCUGGACAAGCCUCAGCUACAGGGCAUCCCGGUGUUGGUCCUGGGCAACAAGCGAGACCUCCCUGGAGCCUUGGACGAGAAGGAACUGAUUGAGAAAAUGAAUCUGUCGGCCAUCCAGGACCGAGAGAUCUGCUGCUACUCCAUCUCCUGCAAAGAAAAGGACAACAUUGACAUCACCCUACAGUGGCUUAUUCAACACUCAAAGUCACGGAGAAGCUGAGA